UUUGACAUUGACAUCUAAAGUAUGUCUAGCAAUUAAGAUACUAUGCCUAUGAUAUUUAUUUAAAAUAAAAUAAUUGUAUACGAAAUAUCUAAAUUUACCUUUAUUGUUACGUGUUAGAAAGAUUCUAUUUAUAGACAAUAGAAGGGUUUAAUUGUAGUUUAUAAGGUCAAAGGUGUAAAUCAUUUAUCAUGCCAUAAUAGGUAAAUAGAUGUCAUUAAUAUCAAUUUUUGUACCUUGCACUUUGAAUAUUUUAAUUUUUUUAUCAAACCACUGACAAUGAGGUAAUAUUUGUACGUAACUGAUUGAAUUAUAAUAAAUUAAUCGUCGAUAUCAACGUUGGUGUGCUAAUGGUACAAAAUGCUGUAAAAAUGGGUCAAAAUUCUAGCUUACCGAAAGGUAGACGGAGAUCUUUACGUUCUUUUAUGAAAAAAACUCAUUCUAAACCAAAAUCUUUGAGUCACACCUUUAGUUUGAGCGAAAACGAUGAUAGAAUAGAUAGAUUGAACAUUAACAUAGCCAGUGAAGAAGAACUGAUGACAUUAGAUGGAGUAAACAGGGAAAUAGCUAGAAGUAUAGUGGAACAUCGGAAAGCGAUAGGAAGAUUUCGUAAAAUAGAAGAUCUAGCAGUAGUGAGAGGUAUUGGUGCUGAUAGGUUACAAAAAUUAAAACCCGAAAUUUGUGUUUCAUCAAGGAGAAGUUUGAGCUAUACCUCAUCGAGAGCCCAGAGUUAUGAUAGCUUGAAAAGUUACGAAUCGAGGUUAACUGUGAGAUCUAAUAAGCUAGUUAACGUGAACAAAGCUAGUGUUUUUGAAUUGCAAACUAUAAAUGGAGUGACACAGGAGAUCGCAGCAGCCAUAGUACAUCAUAGAACUAAGAAAGGAAAAUUUAGACAGAUAGAGGAUAUGAUAAAGGUUAAAUGUAUAGAUAAUAUACGAUUAGCUAGUAUUGGUAGAUAUUUGACAACGCAAAAUGAUGACGAUGACAUUUCUGAAUUGGAAGAAAGCAGGCCCAGUAUUCUCACUAAUGGGUAUACUAUGCCGAAUCAGAGGAGCUUCAGAACUGAUGGCAUGCCCCAAAAGUUACCAAUAAGGAACGGUCUUAGUAAUUCUAGAGCUAUUGAUAUAUUUGAACUACUUUCAGCUUAUUCUCCUAGGCCUGUGGUGAAGGAAAUUUUCAAUUUUUCCAGAAACGGUGAACCAGCUGUGAGAGUAGCUUCUUGGAAUUUACACGAAUUCUCUUAUGAGAAAGUUGGGAAUUUGGGUGUUAAGGAAGUUGUUUGUAGGAUUAUUUUAGAAAACGGGUUUUCGAUUAUUGCCAUUCAAGAUGUAUUAAAUGUAACGGCUUUAAGACUAAUUUGUGACGAGUUGAAUAACCCAAAAUUACAAAGGGUUAAAGAAUGGAAUCAAAAUAAUCAUCAUAAUUGGAACUUUUGUAUGUUGGAUAUACAUGAUUCAAAAUUAGGAUUCAUCUAUGAUUCUGAUGGAGGUGUACCAAUUGAUUUAUUGUCCUUAAACGAAGGCCCUAGUGACACUAAAACCGAAUGCGAAGCUUUAGUAGCCUCGUUCAGAGUAGGAAAUAUAAAUCUACAAUUAGUUAAUUUAAUGUUACACAAAAGUACAAACAUCGAUUUUUUGGAUCAAAAAUUCAAAGAGUUGACAUCGGAAAGUGAUCUAUUACUAGUCUUUAUCGAUUUUACAGGUAUCAGAACAAUGACAGAUGACUAUUGCACGAUUGGGAAUUUGAAAGCGGCGUUUUCUACAAACACAAAUACCACUUUCGUUAAUCCUAUUCCAGGAUCCAACGCCCACACCGCUAACAUAUUGUAUAACAGUAAAAUGGGGAAACAACUGACUGGUAUGACUAGCGUGAUAAAACAGGGGCUGAUUCAUCUGGCAAUACCAAACGGUUGGUCUUGGGGUGGUCCUGCUAGUCCCUAUUGUCCCUUAUAUGCAGAGUUAUACACUAAUUCAACAUCUGAUAUCGUCUUGUGAUAUUUAGCUUUAUUUAGUAUGAUUUUAGAUCACAUCCAAAGAAAUAUUGAUUGUGUUAUGUGCAAUAACGUCGUAAAUAAAUGACAAAUACCGUGAUACUAACUUAAUCCCAGUUAUAAACCUUAUCGGAAGUACAAGAUUAAAUAAUCAUAUAAAAAUGUAGCAAAUUUAUUAUAUUUAUUUAAAAUAACGUGUAAAAAAUAUAUAAAAAUUAGUAUUGACUACAGAAAUUUAAUUACUUAUGAUGGAAAUAUAAAUUUUAUGGUAUCUAGUUAAAUUUGGAAUAAUUGGAUUAUUUUUUUAGUUUAUUUAAUAAAGUUUCUCUUAUUUUAGA